AUGCCAUACGUUGACCCCGCCAAUUACCCCGCGGAUAUUCCGGAGGGUGGCUGGCAUGCGGAUGUCGACGACGCCGACGACUUCCGUCUUCCAUCUGGCCUUGAUACGGACCUCUUCCUCUACCGCGCCGAACACACGGAUGGCUCGCUCUUUUGGGUCAUGAAGGAGAAUGCGCGCACGGCUGCACGCUCACCCACCGCCGAGCAGCUGGCCGCAGCUAUCGGCUUCUCCAAGGAUCGCCUUAUCCGCGCCCUCCGGGCCGAGAUUGGCACUCUCCACGCUCAGCCGCCUCAGCCACAAGGCCCCGCUCAGGCUGCUGCCGCUCGUCCUCAACAAGUUCGCCUGCCACUGCCGCGUAGCUUCAGCGGAGUGCCCACCAAGGAGGGAGUGUACAACCCGGAGCCGCGUGACUUCACCGUCACCAUCAGCCAUUACGUGUACGCCCAGAGUCAGGAACUCGGCGUGGCCUUCGACGAAGGCAGGAAGAUUCGUGUCUUCUCAAGCUUCCUUGAACAAUCCGCGGCCCGCUGGUUUCAUCAGCUGCUUCAGGAACAGGAGAUCACCUUGCGCAGCGGCCAACCUUACACCGGCCCGCUCAACGAUACCGACGCACUGGUCGCGGCUUUCCUGCGCAAAUAUGAGGACGUCAACAUCCGCGCCACGGCCAAGCACAAGAUCCACACCCUUCAGCAGGACGGCACGGCAGAAGCGCAUGUGCGCUUCUUCAAGGAGUACGCCAUGCUCAGCGGCUAUGGCGAGGAGGCGCUCAUCGACUGGUU